UCUCACAACACACACACAAACAUCGUAUCUUCCUUCUCUCCCUCACACACAUUUCUUCCCCUCCCCUGCCCUCCCACACACUGUGCCUCCCCGUCCUCCCCUCUCACACACACUCGGUCUACACUGGCACAGGGUGGCGGUAACAGCGCCGAGGACAGGGCUUCAUUCUCCGGGACCGCUCCGCCUCCGCCGCGCUGUUGCGGCCGGCGGUCGGGUUUAGCCUCCAGCUGUGGCGGGCGGCGGGUCUGCGGAACCGACCGGCUGAACUGCGGGUCCAGACAUCCAACACCCUCCGUCCUUAUGCCCAGCAUUACCGAAGAGGCAAGAUCCUCCUCUUUUGCUGAAGAAAGCUGUCCACAGGGCUGACAUCCCGCUUGUCUCCAAUGUACCGGUGCUGGAGCGCUGGACACUAUCGCAGAAUGAGAGCUGCGGCCAGGGUACACCACCCAUCUCUGCUGCCUAGGAGUGCUGCUGUCUGUUCCCAAGGGAGGGCACAGGUACAGUGAAGGGGUUUGCCAUUCCUGGGACUAUGCUGAGAGGCCCGGAUGGACACAGCCAUGGAACUGGAUAAUUUCCGGACGGUGCCCGAGGCCAUGGACAAGUCAUCGGUAAAGCCGGGCUGGUACGUCUCCUACCCGGUCAGCUUCCAGGUGUCGCUGACCAGCUUCCUGACGCUGGAGAUCGUGCUGGCGUUCGGCAGCAACCUGACCGUGCUGGUCCUGUACUGCGUGCAGAGCGGCCUGGUAGACUCGGUCAGUAAUGUGGUGACCAUCAACCUGCACGUGCUGGACCUCAUCAUCUGCCUGGUGUGUGUCCCCCUGACCGUCACCGUGGUGCUGACCCCACUGGACAGUGACCUGGCCCUCCUCUGCUGUUUCCACGAGGCCUGUGUCACCUUUGCCAGCGUGGCCACCGCCGUCAACGUGCUGGUGAUCAGCCUGGACCGCUACGACAUCUCGGUGCGGCCGGCCAACAGGCUGCUGACGCUGGGCCGGGCAGUGCUGCUGCUGGCUGCCAUCUGGCUCCUCUCGCUGCUGGUCUUCUUCACGCCCUUCAUCGAGGCCGAGUUCUUCAGGGCGCCGCUGCAAGGCCCCGCCGGGCGCAACCGCAGCCUGCUGUGCGUCGGCACCGAAGAGUACCGGCGCCGGCCUGCCGCCUACGGCCACCUCUUCCUGCAGGUCCCCAGCUUCUGCUUGGCUGCCGCGGGCAUGCUGGCCGCCUAUUCCCGCAUCCUGAAGGCGCUCGACAUCCGCAUCGGCAACCACUUCGGCCGCGGGCAGAAGCGCAAGAGCAGGAGGCAGCGGCAACGGCGGCGCCGGAAGAGGAAGGGCGCGGCGGCGGGGCCGGGCUCACUCAGCGCCCAGUACGAGAGCCGGAGGCCGGCCCCCGCCGUGGGAGGACCGCCCCCCGCGCUGGGCGUCCACGCCUCGGUGUCGGUGAUCAUCGCGCUGCGGCGGGCAGUCAGGCGGCACCGGGACCGACGGCAGAGGCAGAGGCGGGUGUUCCGGAUGUCGCUGCUCACCGUCUGCACCUUCCUGCUGUGCUGGGCCCCCGUCUCCGUGGUCCACGUGCUGCUGCUGUGCCUGGGGCCCAGCGACCGGCUGAUCCGCCUGCGCCUCUGCGGCCUGGCCCUGGCCUACGCCACCACCGUCUUCCACCCGCUGCUGUACGCCUUCGCCCGACACAAGUUCCGUCAGGUCCUCAAGAGCAAGGUGAAGAAGCGGGUAGUGUCCGUGCUGCAAGUUGACCCUGCGCCCAGUGCCACUGUCAUCCACAACUCCUGGGUGGAGACCGGCAAGGCUCAGCCGGUGGGGGCAGCUGGGGCCCACUCCCAGCCCCUGGCCCACGUCCAGGCCUGAUCCUCCACACCAGCAGCACAGGCCCACUUCAGCACUUCCCCCAAUCCCACCUUGAUUGCCACCCUCAAUCCCUCCUUCAAUUACCCUCAAUCCCUCCUUCCCUCAAUCCCACCUUCAAUUACCCUCAAUCCCUCCUUCAAUUACCGUCAAUCCCUCCUUCCCUCAGUCCCACCUUCAAUUACCCUCAUUCCCCCAUCCCACCCUCAAUCACCCAAUUCUCCCAAUCCCACCCUCAAUCACCCCAUUCCUCUAAUCCCAUCCGCAAUCACCCUAUUCCCCCAAUCGCUCCCUCAAUCACCCCAUUCCCCCAAUCCCACCCUCAAUCACCCCCAUUCUUCUAAUCCCACCCUCAAUCACCCCAUUCCUCUAAUCCAACCCUCAAUCACCUCCAUUCCCCCAAUCCCACCCUCAAUUACCCCCAUUACCCCAAUUUCACUCUCAAUCGCCCCUUUCCUCCCUCAAACCCCCCAAUCGUACCUUCAAUUCUCCUAUCCUCGAUCUGGCUCACCCACCUUCCCCAAGCCCCUUCCUCCAUCCCACCCUCAAAUACCGCCAUCCCUCCCUCUCCCACCCUCAGUCCCAACCUCAAACACCAGCAUCUUCCCCAAACUCCACCCUCAGACCGCCCUUUCCAUCUCCUCCUCCCUCUGAGAACCAGUGGCAGCAAGGUCCUGCCCCUACAGGACCCUUCAGCACCCAAAGCCCUGUCCCUACCCUUGACAUCAUCCAGUGGAACAUGGCAGUGCAUAGGUUAAACCAGUCCCAGAACCACAGCCAGUAGAGGGGUCUAUCCAACAACCCCUCACCUAGGCCCCACAUCCCUCCCACCCUCACCUCUUUUGUACGGAGGUUCCAAGCUGCCUCUGGAGAGAAGGUAAAGUGACGGUGUGGCCCGUGUGACACAAAGUUGGGAGGCAGGAGUGGUGUCCCACCAGGAGACGGAGGUUACUGCAACAUGCGGCUGCCAGAAGAACCCAGUGCUCCACUGGACACAAAACUGCAGGAGUUGACACCGACCACAGACUCACCUGGACAGACAGAUACUGUGCCCCAGGCCAGAUCAGAAGCUGGGUAUCCUGUGGAUCGUGACUCAUCUCCUGACACACCAAGCUCACUGCACAGGUACAGUGUGAUUGAACUCCAGCAGGGACAGGUCAGGAGUGUGAUCGAACUCUCUCCAGUGGCCUGGGUGAGCGCAGCACUGUCCGGAACAAAGAACCCACUGGAUCUGCCCUGCCCCUCCGGUACCGGCACACUGAGGCUGCAGUAUUCACUGUCUACAGAAUUCACUCCCCCCAGAACGGUGACUCUACCUGCAAGAACAAAGGCACUUGGUGUGGGGAGACACCACCACCUUGCAGGGUCCCCAUCACCCUGGCUUGGAAACGUCUCGCUGUUCCUUCCCCAUCGUUAGGUCUAAACCCUGACCUCCCUCCGACCAGCACUGUGGUGAACCCUUUCACCAGAAGGACUGCUAAGGGCACCUCAGCCCCUCCUUUUUGAGGGCAAUAAACACUGACUGACUAACAGGAGGAGUUGUGUUCUUUCAGAACCUCAUAAACCCUCAGAGUGCAGAGGUAGGGCCAACUAAUGGGUCAGCAUGGAGAUGGACCCACAGUGCGGAGGUGGUGCCUAGUGUCAGUGAAGAGAUGGGACCCACAGUGCAGUGGUGGGACCCUCAGAGUGCAGAGGGGGACCCUCAGAGUGUGGAGCUGGGACCCUCAGAGGGUGGAGGGGGACCCCCGGACCACAGAGCGUGGAGGGGGACCCCCAGACCACAGAGCAUGGAGGGGGACCCUCAGAGUGCGGAGGGGGACCCUCAGAGGGUGGAGGGGGACCCUCAGAGUGUGGAGCUGGGACCCCUGGACCACAGAGCGUGGAGGGGGACCCCCGGACCACAGAGCGUGGAGGGGGACCCCCGGACCACAGAGCGUGGAGGGGGACCCCCGGAGCACAGAGCAUGGAGGGGGACCCUCAGAGUGCGGAGGGGGACCCUCAGAGGGCGGAGCUGGGACCCUCCAAGCAUGGAGGCAGCUUCUACUAAUGUGGAGACUGAUAAUUCUACUGACCGCAAAGCUCGGGAACUUGGUGAAUUGGGAAAGAGGUUUUGAAAAAUGUGGAGGGUUAAGUUAAGAAAAUACAUCUAUGAAAGUGUAAGGCUGAGGGUAAAAGAGUACAGGCAGGAGUGAUUCAGUCAGAGUUUUCAAAUCACAGUGGUACAGACAGAAAGUGCCCCUUCAGCCCAAAUCAUGCAUGCUGAUUUUUGUCCGUCUACACACGAAUUCCAUUUAUGCACAUUAAGACCUUUUUCUUUUGUAUCUUGCCUGUUUAAUUGUUGUCUAAUGUCUCCGAAACAUGGUGAUUGUUGACAUUUAAUAGAAACAGGCCCUUCAACCUAACUGCUCGUGAUCUACUCCCUUCACCAUUGUCUGGCCCAUACCUCUCAAUUCCUGCCCAAAUGUCUUUUAGAGCAUUGAACAAACAGUACCAGACCUCUGGGCCACAAUGUUGUGCCGGCCUGUAAGAUCAAUCUAACCCUUCCCUCCCACGGUGCUCUCCAUUUUCCUAUCAUCCAUCUGGCUUUCUGGGUCUGCCUCGACGCCUGCCCUUGGCAGUGUGAUCCGUACCCACACCUCUCUUUCAAAAAAACCUACCUCUGACAUCUCUUCCCACCCCACCCCUCUACUUUCCUCCAAUCACCUGAAAUGAUGCCCUUUAACAUUAGAUAUUUCCAGCCUGAAACAAAGGCUCUGAUUGUCCCCUCAAGCUGUGUCUCAUCAUCUUGUGCUCAAUCAAAUUGUAAUUUUAUGCCCCUGUAUCUCUUCCUCUGACAAUAGUAAUUGAGUAGAAAUACAAGGACCCAAAAACUUCUUUGUCUUGUAUUUCUACACAAUUAAAUCUUAAAUAAGAUGUAUCAUAUUUCCAUACAAUUUAAUUGUAUUUCUACUCAACUAACUAAGUUUUUUUUUGAAAUACAGAGCAGAACAGGCCCUUACUGAACUUCGAGCCGCUCUGCCCAGCAAUCCCUCAGUUUAAUCCUAGCCUAAUCAGGGGGCAAGUUACAAUGACCGAUUAACUGGUAUGUCUUCAGACUGUGGGAGGAAACCAGAGCACCCGGAGGAAACCCACGCGAUCACGGGGAGAACGUACAAACUCCUUACAGGGAGUGGCGGGAAUUGAACCGGGGUCGCUGGUACCACAAAGCGUUUUGCUUACCACUACGCUAC